AUGAAAUACUCUAUUUUAAUUCCAUUUCUAUUUCUCCUUACUGUCGACUUUGGAGAAUUCGAUGGCGCUACAUUGAAGAAAAAACUCGGUAUCUCCGGCAAAAAGUCGUACAAAGCGCCAUCUCGAAAAAAUCCUGCAACAAAAUCGAAAGUAACACAAUGCUCAGGUUCAAAAAUUACUAUGCAAGAACGUAGUCAAAUACUUUUUUGGCAUAAUGAAUACCGAUCUCAGUUGGCUGCUGGUAAAGUACGAACUGACACAAAUUACAUGCCACGAGGUAGCGACAUUAGAAAAUUGCGAUGGGACUGUGAACUAGAAAAAACAGCGCAGUGGUGGGCCGAUCGCUGUCAGUGGAAACAUUCCACUCCUUCUGAACGUAAUAAUAAAGGCGAAAAUCUUUACAAAUAUAUGCAAAAUAUCGUCAUUAAUAGAACCGGUCAUAUGAAAAAUGCUGCUAAAAAUUGGUGGGAUGAGGUUAAAUUAAUGGCAAAACCUACAACUAUUUUCACAACGAAACUUGUGGAUUCUGUAAAGCCAAAGAUGAUUGGACAUUUUACUCAGAUAUUGGCUAUAUCACAGUGGUGUCUCGGAUAA